AUGAAUCUUCUUCCAACAUAUCUGCUUCUCAUCUCAGCUGCGUCCGCCUACAUCGUUUAUGCCGUCAUCCAAUUCCUACACAAAGUGAUAUGGCAACCUCUCCAGACACAGCGAUUCCUCAACUCGCAGGGGCUCAAAGGCCCUCCUUACACUUUCCUCUUAGGCAACGCCAAACAACUCAUCCAGCUCAGAGAGGAAGCGUUGGCCAAAUCCAUGCCCUCUCUUUCUCACGACAUAGCCCACAGGGUCAUUUCUCACGUCUCCCUAUGGUCCAAGCAAUACGGGAAGAAUUUUGUGUUUUGGAUUGGACCGCGGGCUCAAAUGGUUCUCGGGGACCCAGAUUUGAUCAAAGAGGUUCUAAGCAACAAAGCUCGUAUUUUCUCUAAAUCUGACCUGUAUUUUCCUUACCUUCAAAAGAUUUUCGGCCAAGGACUUGCAAUUAGCGAAGGUGAAAAGUGGAUCAAGGUGAGAAAAAUUGCGGAUUUCGCUUUACAUGGCGACAACCUCAAAAGUAUGGUGCCGGACAUGAUCGCUAGCGCAGAGAUGAUGCUAGAGAGAUGGAUGAUGAAGGAGGGGAAAGAGAUCGAAGUUCAUGAAGAAUUCAGGAUUUUAUCGUCGGAAGUGAUUUCCAGGACAGCUUUUGGGAGCAGCUUCAAGGAAGGACAACAUAUAUUUGGCAUGCUCAACGAAUUGAUGAUUCUUUCCGACAGAAAUACAUUCAAAAUGAGUCUUCCAAUCAUUAGAUGGUGUUGCAGUGACCUGUUCAAAACCAAAGAUGAGAAGGACGCUAUCAGGCUGGUCCAAAGAAUUGCAGACUCGAUUAUGGAAAUGGUGAAAAAUAGACAAGAAAAGGUGAAAAACAGAGAGGUCGAUGGCUUUGGGAAAGAUUAUCUUGGACUACUUCUCAAGGCUUACCAUGAUGAAGGCCAUUCCAUGAAGAUUUCUGCAGACCAAUUGGUCGACGAAUGCAAAACUCUAUAUGUGGCUGGACAGGAAACAACAAAUACUUUGCUCUCUUGGAUGAUUCUGCUUUUAUCAAUCCAUCAAGAAUGGCAAGAAGAGGCAAGAAGAGAGGUUCUUAGGGUAUUUGGUCCUGAUAAAACCCCUGAUUCCGAUGGGAUUACAAGGCUCAAACUGAUGGGUAUGAUCAUCAACGAAACUUUAAGGCUGUACUCUCCAGUAUUCGCCGGAUUCAUGCGUGUUGUCGAUAAGGAAACCAGACUUGGGAAGUUCGAUUUGCCCGUUGGCGUCCAGUUGCACAUUCCAAUCAUGGCGAUUCACCAUGAUCCAGACAUUUGGGGAGAAGAUGUCCAUCUUUUCAAGCCGGAUAGGUUCUCGGAAGGAGUUGCUAAAGCUACAAACAACAACCCAAGUGCGUUCAUGCCCUUUGGGAUGGGACCUCACACAUGUGCAGGAUUCAACUUCGCCACAAAUGAAGCAAAGAUAACAAUUGCAAUGAUCCUUCAGCGCUUUACUUUCAGUCUUUCCCCGGGCUAUGUCCAUUCACCUUUCCCUGUGUUGGCGGUUAGGCCAGAGAAGGGGGUUCAAGUUAUCAUCAAUGCGCUAUAG